UUUAUUCAUUUCAGACUUUUGCGGCAGUCUGAGAAUGGAACUUCGAAAAUGCGCCGGAAAACGCAACCAUCAUCACCUUAUACGUACUUGUCUUAUAGCAAGGUGAGGAGCUUCGUUCAAAGCGUACGUCAUUUUCGCGGCUGUUAUAGACGACCGAACAUUGGAAAUGGUGCCAAGUUCGUUUGGAUCGACAGUGCCAUACAUGCCAGGGAAUGGCUAUCGACCGGCGCGUCGAUGGUGAUCAUAGAAAAGGUACACGCUAAAUUCAGUUGGUUUAUCUUGCCACUGGCUAACCCAGACGGCUAUGAAUUCUCUCGCAAUCACGACCGAUUUUGGAGAAAAAACAGAGCCUACUGCCGUAGUGAUAGAAAGGGGACGUCAAACGUACAGUGCUCUGAGGUGUACCGCGGUCCCUUCGCCUUCUCAGAAGGAGAGACUGCAAUGAUUAGCCAAUUUCUGAAAAAGAUUAAGAGCGGACUGAUGAUGUAUGUGGCACUGCACACUUACGGACAACUGUGGAUGUACCCAUUCGGCUGGGACUACAACCUGCCCAUACCGACGAACAUCGACGACAUGGUACGUCUUUGCAGGAGCUUGCACUGUUUCAAUGGUGAGCGGUAUAUGCCAUUCAGUUCGCAAACAUUUGAUCGAAUGCUGUUGAUAGUGGCUAGCAAAUUGCGUUAUCGUAUCCGGAACGGUAUCCAUCUGAUAACAGCUUUAAAUGGAAUCGGCAUACGUCCGCAUGAACUCUUGGUUAUGGUACCUUGA